AUCCCCGGCGCAUCCGGCGCCGUGCCCGACGCCAACGGCACGUGCCGGGGUUCCUCUCGCUGCCAACCGGGGGUGCUCCUCCCCGUAUGGCAACCCCACGACCCCUCGACGGGCGACAAGGCGGCGCGCGCCGUCGUCUACUUCGUGGCCAUGGUCUACCUCUUCUUGGGCGUCUCCAUCAUCGCCGACCGCUUCAUGGCCUCCAUCGAAGUCAUCACGUCCAAAGAGAAGGAGAUCACCAUCACCAAAGCCAACGGCGAAACCAGCGUGGGCACGGUGCGCAUCUGGAACGAGACCGUCUCCAACCUCACCUUGAUGGCUUUGGGCUCUUCGGCACCGGAGAUCCUGCUCUCCGUCAUCGAGGUUUGCGGUCACGACUUCCAAGCCGGCGAACUGGGACCCGGCACCAUCGUCGGCAGCGCCGCCUUCAACAUGUUCGUGGUGAUCGCCGUCUGCGUCUACGUGGUGCCGGCGGGCGAGAGCCGGCGCAUCAAGCACUUGCGGGUCUUCUUCGUCACGGCCGCUUGGAGCAUCUUUGCCUAUGUGUGGUUAUACCUGAUCUUAGCCGUUAUCUCCCCCGGCGUGGUGCAGGUGUGGGAAGCCCUCCUCACCCUCGUCUUCUUCCCGGUGUGCGUGGUGGUGGCGUGGGCGGCCGAUAAGCGCCUCUUGUUCUAUAAGGACGUCUACAAGCGUUACCGCGCCGACCCGCGUAGCGGCAUCAUCAUCGGCACCGAAGGCGACGUGCCCAAAGCCAUUGAGAUGGAUGGCGGUAUCACGGCAUCACCACAACCACCGUUAUCACCAACGGACCAAUCAGAGGACAAGGAGCAGGAUGAAGCGCGCCGGGAGGUGAUCCAGAUCCUCAAGGAACUCAAGCAGAAGUACCCGGAGAAGGAGCUGGACCAACUCUUGGACAUGGCCAACUACGCGGCGUUGUUGCACCAACAAAAGAGCCGCGCUUUCUACCGCAUCCAAGCCACGCGGAUGAUGACCGGCGCCGGGAACGUCCUCCGUAAACACGCCGCCGAUCCAUCCCGGCGCGUCCCGGCGUUACCGGAUGCUCCAUCCGACGGUGAGGAUGAAGAGUGCGGGAGGAUUUACUUCGAGCCGUGCCUUUAUCAUUGCUUGGAGAACUGCGGCGCGGUGACGCUGUCGGUGGCGUGCGAGCACGGUGUCGGUGCUAACCGUACGUUCUACGUGGAUUACCGCACCGAGGACGGGUCGGCGAAAGCCGGGUCUGAUUAUGAGUAUAGCGAAGGCACUUUGGUGUUUAAACCGGGGGAAACGGUGAAGGAGCUGAGCAUCGGCAUCAUCGACGACGAUAUCUUCGAGGAGGACGAGCGCUUCUUCGUGCGGCUCCUCAACCUCCGCGUCGGCGACGCCGAGGGGAUGUUCGAACCGGAUUGCGCCGAGCACCCCAAAGGGAAGUUGGUGGCGCCGGCGUUGGCCACGGUCACCAUCCUGGACGAUGACCACGGCGGGAUCUUCGCCUUCCAAGAGCGGUCGCUCCGCGUGAGCGAAGGGCAAGGCUGGGCCGAGGUGAAGGUGGUGAGGGGCUCCGGCGCCCGCGGCACCGUGCUGCUGCCGUACCGCACCGUGGAGGGCUCGGCCAAGGGGGGAGGAGUGCACUACGAGGAUGCGGCCGGGGAGCUGGAGUUCGGCAAUGAUGAGACCAUGAGGUCGCUGCGGGUGCGCCUGGUGGACGCGGCCCAGUACGAGAAGCGGGAGCGGUUUUACAUUGAGCUGGGCCCGCCCCGCUGGAUGAACCGCGGGAUCUCCGCUCUUCUGCUGGCCCAAGCGGAGGGCGAGCGGCAGCUCUCGGCCGAGGAGGAGGACGCCCGGCGCAUCGCUGAGAUGGGCAAACCCGUCCUGGGUGAGAACCGGCGCCUGGAGGUCAUCAUCGAGGAGUCCUAUGACUUCAAGAACACAGUGGACAAGCUGAUGAAGAAAACCAACCUGGCCACGGUGAUCGGGACGCACUCAUGGAGGGAGCAGUUCCUGGAGGCCAUCACUGUCAGUGCAGGUGGGGCCAUGCCAUGGGGCCAUCGCUAUGGGGCAUCGCCAUUGGUUACCACCAUGGGGCAUCACCAUUGGUUAACACCAUGGGGCAUCGCCAUUGGUUACCACCAUUGA